AUGACAAUUGAUCCUACGGUUUCAUCAACUCCAUUUGCUUCCAUCCGGGAGUUGAGUGAGUUCGCACAGGAAGAUGAAAUUCUCUUCUCAAUGCACAGUGUUUUUCGAAUUGGUGAAGUUCGACAAAUCGACAAGAAAAAUUCACUCUAUGAAGUGGAUCUUACACUCACAUCAGAUGACGAUCAACAACUUCGACAAUUAACCGACGUCAUACGAAGAGAGGUCACUGGCAGCGGAUGGUACCGACUGGGUAAGUUAUUGCUUAAAAUUGGACAAUUCGACAAGGCUGAAGAACUUUAUAUGGCAUUACUGAAACAGGCUACUGAUGACAGCGAUAGAGCUCAUAUCUAUCACCAGUUAGGUAAAGUGAAAUGGCAGCAGGGCCAAUAUGAAAAAGAGAUUACUUUUUACGAAAAGACUCUCGAAAUUGAACGAAAAACUUUACCAGAAGAUCAUCCUUCAUUGGCUAAUAUCUACAAUAAUAUUGCUCUUGCAUAUAACAACAUGGGUGACUACUCGAAAGCACUUGAAUUUUACGAAAAAGCACAUCAAAUCAAAGAAAAAGCUUUGCCUCCGAAUCAUCCUGAUUUGGCUAUGUCAUACAACAACAUCGGUCUAGUGUAUAACAACAUGGGCGACUACUCGAAAGCACAUGAAUUUUACGAAAAAGCACAUAAAAUCUACGAAAAAGCUCUGCCUCCGAAUCAUCCUUCAUUGGCUAUUUCAUACAACAACAUCGGCUCAGUGUAUAACGCCAUGGGUGAUUACUCGAAAGCACUUGAAUUUUACGAAAAAGCACAUAAAAUACGAGAAAAAGCUCUGUCUCCAAAUUAUCCUGAUUUGGCUAUUUCAUACAACAACAUCGGCUCAGUGUAUGACGAAAUGGGUGAUUACUCAAAAGCACUUGAAUUUUACGAAAAAGCACGUAAAAUACGAGAAAAAGCUCUGCCUCCUAAUCAUCCUGAUUUGGCUACUUCAUAUAACAACAUCGGUCUAGUGUAUAAGGAAAUGGGUGUUUGCUCGAAAGCACUUGAAUUUUACGAAAAAGCACAUCAAAUCAAAAAAAAAGCUCUCCCUCCCAAUCAUCCUUCAUUAGCUACUUCAUACAACAACAUCGGUUGGGUGUAUAGGAGCUCGAGUGACUACCCGAAAGCACUUUCAUUCUUCGAAAAAGCACUCAUUAUCCAACAAAAAUCACUUCCACCUAACCAUCCUGAUACCAUAGAUGUUAUAAGCUCAAUUGAGUAUGUAAAAAAGAAAAUGUAA